CAUCGAUUCUGUGGACUACGGUAAGGUAGACGGGUGGAAACCCGAAAAUGUUUUUGCUUCCGUCGAAGAAGCGUCAAAAUCGGGUAUAAAGUUUGACUAUAUUGCUGUUUCCACCAAAAACCUCCAGGAUAUCGUACCGGUUGAAGAGUUAAUAGCUCCAGUAGUGAGUGCCCACUCGGUGGUGGUGUUGGUGCAAAAUGGGUUUGGAAUCGAGAAGCCACUAUUUGCCAAAUUCCCCCAAAAUAUUGUGCUUUCGGGUGUCAGCCACAUCGGCUCGCACAAUCGUAAUGGCCACAUACACCAAAUGCAAAGUGACCACUUGGUUAUUAGUGCUUUUGAAAAUCCAAAUGUGGAUGCCGAUUCGCAGGUCGCGGCUGCAAACCGGUUUAUCGAGAUGUACUCCAACAACAUAAACAAAUGCGUGUAUUUUGCCAGUGCCAAGUGGUACCGGUACCGGAAGUUAGUGUAUAAUGCGUGUUUGAACACCACCUGUGCACUUACUGGCGUUGAUACUGGAAGGCUUGAGGCUGCUGGCGGAUUAGAAGCAAUUGCCAUACCGGCUAUGAAAGAGGUAAUUAGAGUAGCCAAAGCCGAUGGUGUUGAACUCCCGGACGAUGUGAUCAAUGUAGUAUGUCAUGCCGAUGACGGUGACUACUUCGAGCCGUCCAUGAGAGUCGACGUCAAAAAAGGAAACCCUAUUGAAUUGGAAGCUAUCUUGGGCAACUUAUUGGACACGGCUAGAAAAUUGAAGGUGGAAACUCCGAUUUUGGAUCUUCUCUUCAAGUUAUUGACAGUGGUUCAGUUCAGAUUGAAGGAGGCUAAUGGCUACGUCGGUGUUCCUGAGAAACGGCCAAUUCCUGAUACUUUUUUCAAAUAGAUGCAAAUAUAUGGAAACCCGAUAUCUCGUAGUGGGGGAACAAUAUUUCACGUGGGGUAGCCUACGUAGGCUCCCCUAUGUCAAAAGGGUGCUCUGUGACCUGCUCGUUAAUUAUUGCCGGUGGGUGCACCCGCGCCUGUAUGUAGUCUCGGGCUUGAGAUCUCAAGCCUCGUUUG